AUCAGGGCAUUUUCUACUUCCUCAGUCAUCGCUCCCUAUGGAAGCCCCUCCUUUCAAAGUUGGUCCCAACCAUGAGUUUGUCACUUGGUGUCAUCGGCUUCAUGUUUGUCUUCGCAUAUCUGCCACAACUUGCAGUGCUCGUCUUCGUCAAUGGUCCUCUGGCUGCAUUCACCACGAUCCUUCUCACGCUCAGUGAAAGCUCUACGUUAAUCAACCUAAUUUCUCGAACUUUCUUGCUACAAGAUGCUCUGGUUGAUAUAUUUGAUGGAGUCUUGGUAGCGAGAAGACAGACCGGUGUUCUCGCUGAAGGACGUCAAUUGAAAUCUGGGAACUUCAAUGAUCCGAUUGCCAAGUUGGGGAAGCUGAUCAAGUCGCCGUUUGAGAAGUUCACACCGACGGCUGUGGUUAGAUACGUCAUGUAUCUUCCUCUAAACUUUAUUCCUGUGGUUGGAACUGUUAUCUUCGUGCUUUUGCAAGGACGAACGAGAGGUCGGUCAGUGCAUGCGCGGUAUUUCCAACUCAAGAAGUGGACAAAUUCUGAGAGAGAAGAUUGGCUAAAGGAGAACACGGCUCCUUACACAGCAUUUGGUACCGUCGCUACCCUUCUUGAGCUCAUCCCUUUCGCCUCAAUCCUCUUCUCCUUCACCAACACAGUUGGAGCCGCUCUCUGGGCUGCCGACAUAGAAAGCAACAACACCCAAAUGACAGAGAUGUCUGAUCCACGAUCCCGUGGUGAAGCUAAGAAGGAUGAAUGAGCAGAUAUGCAGCCUCCCGAUGUUAGACUCGACGUGUGAACCCACGUCCGAUCGCAACCCUGCAUUGGCCUCGCUUUGAGCUCUUGUGUAACAGAGUCGUCGGACAGCCACACCAGAUCGUCACUUCCCCCAAAAAUGAGUUUCUCGUACCUUUUGUUUGUUGUCUGAAGUUUUCGCAAGCAUGGCGUUUAGAGAGAUAGCACAUGGCUGAGGCAUUGGCGCAUUAUAAUUCCAUAACAUGAUACUGCUCCCCA